UAGGUAGCACGCUGCGCCGUGCACGACACGACGCGCACACAAUGCGGAAGCCCUCCGCUGAGGACCUCGAGCUCGGCACGCGCUCGGGCUCGGGCACGACCUCGACGCCAGACCAAACAACAUUAAAUGCCGGCUCUUCGUCUGUCGACAACAACGAGAACGAGAAGGAGAAGUACCCCACCACGAUGACAGCGGACGAGGAGGCCGGCGGCGCGCGCACCGACGAAGCGGCGGACGAGAUCGAGCUCCCGAACGGAGGAUACGGCUGGGUCGUCGUCCUCUGCGUGCUGGGCGUGAACGCGUGUACUUGGGGCGUGAACACCACAUACGGCGUCUACUCGUCCUACUUCCUCCAGCACAACUACUACGCGGCCACACAGCUCGACUACGCGUGGGUCGGCGGCCUGUCCGCCGCGAUCGCGGUCGCGAUGGGGCCCUUGGCCAACUUCUUCGUGCGCAAGUUCGGCUUCAAGGCGCCAAUGUACUUCGGAUCAGUCAUGGUCGGCCUCGGACAGUGCUGUGCGGGCGUCGCAAAGUCCUUUGGCGGCUUCCUCGCGUGCCAGGGCAUCGUGUUUGGUAUCGGGCUGGGCAUGCUCCUCGUCCCGUCCCAGCCGCUCGUCGCGCACUGGUUCGACAAGCGCCUCGCGUUCGCGCAGGGCAUCGCACAGGCCGGCUCGGGCGUCGGCGGCGUCAUCUGGGCCAACACGACCCCGCUGCUCCUCCAGCGCGUGGGCGUGAAGCUCACGUUAGUGAUCAACGGCGUGAUCACUAUGGUCAUCCUCCUCAUCGCCACUUUCUUCAUCAAGGGGCGCCACACGGCCGUCGGGGCCAAGAGCGCCAGCUUCCAUGUCUCGCUCGUGUGGACAAACUUUGGCUUUGCGUGGUUCCUCGUCUGGGGCGCUUUGACCAUCAUGGCUUACUUUAUCGCAAUCUACACCCUCGCCUCGUACUGCACCGACGGCCUGGGUCUGACGCAGAAACAGGGCGGCGCGGUCAUGUCGAUCCUCGCUGCCGGCCAGAUUGUCGGACGACCAGUGUGGGGAUACGCGCUCGACCGGGGAGGCCGCGUUAACAUGGUCAUUGUGAGCUACCUCAUCUGCGGCGUGGCCACGCUCGCCAUCUGGAUGCCAGGGAGGAGCUUUGGCCUCAUGGCCCUGUUCGGCCUGCUGCACGGUUUGACGGGCGGCACGAUCCACUCAGCCGCCACGCCGGUCCUCACCAGCAUUGUGGGGCUACAGGACCUCGGCUCGGCGCUGGCCAUCUACUGGGUCGACUUGUCUGUCCCCUCGCUCGUCAGCCAGGUCCUCGCUAUCCUGCUCGUCAACUACUCGCGCAACCACCUCGGCAAGACCGGCGCCGACGCGUACACCAUCAGUAUUGGGUUCUGCGGCGCGCUCACCUUUGCCGGGGCGUUCGCGCUGUACGGAUCCAAGCGAUAUCUCCAGGGUGAUUUCAAGGUCUUGAAGAAGUCGUAGAGGGAGGUGUCUUGGCAUUGUACAACAUCACGGAAAGCAGCAACACGGACGGGUGUACUCUAAAUGUAUGCAUCUCUUGCUA